AUGGCAUCUAUUGACAGCAAGACGCUUGUUCUCAUCACUGGCGCCAAUACCGGUCUAGGAUUUGAAGUAUCCAAAGUUCUUUUUGCCGGUUCUCAUCCCUACCAUAUCCUCAUCGGAUGUCGCGGCGAUGUUGGUCGUGCGAGCGACGCUAUAUCAAAGUUGAAGGAACUAUCUCCAAACAGUGCAUCAAGCGCGGAGCCACUUUCUGUUGAUAUUUCAUCAGAUGAGUCGAUCGCCACGGCUUUCAAGCAAGUCAGUGAAAAAUUCGGAUAUGUCGAUAUCCUUGUGAACAAUGCAGGCCUAGCCCUAGAUACAGCUGUAGAUACCGACCAGCUCACCCUGCGCGAGGGUUGGAACGGGACUUAUGACGUUAACGUUACUGGGACCCACCUCUUCACAUUGACCUUUGCGCCUCUCCUACUCGCAUCAAAGGCUAAUUCUGCUCGACUCAUCUUCAUCACGAGCGGUCUGUCAUCUGUUGCCGAGCAUGCGACUGGCGUGAGUCCAAAAUAUUCACUCCCAGUUGCGGGUUGGCCGAAGCCAGACAGCUUGUGGCUGCCGUACCGUGUGAGUAAGACAGCUAUGAACAUGAUGGCGACUGAGUGGGGGCGGAUUCUACGGAAUGAUGAUGUUGCAGUAUUUAAUGUAUCACCUGGAUUCCUGAACACUGGGCUAGGAGAUAACCGCACUACCGGUGAAUGGAGAGACAAAAGUGUGAUGGGAGCUAUUGAGCCAGCUAUUGGAGCUGCUUUCUGUGCGGAUGUUAUUGGAGGCAAGAGAGAUGAUCAGGCUUGGCCUACUAGGGUGAUACGGAAAGACAACUUGCAGCCGUGGUAG